AUGGCCUACACCCCCUCAAUAGAAGUCUUCGGCCCCGGCGACGUGCCCCCCCACCGAUCCCAUUGGGGCUUCAUGAUCAACAAGCCCGGGAACCUCAAGUUCGGAGAUCUCCUCCAAGUCGAGGUCAUCAAUGCCGAGAGGAUGUGGUAUGGCUUUGCGCCGCGCUACGCGACGAAAAUCAUCGACAAGGGCGCCGUGGGGAUGAGCAAGAUUGCAGAGCUGACUUCGCAGCAGAGGCAUGAUGCUAUCAAGGUUAUCGAGAAGGAGCCUGCGCCUAGAGAUUCGAUUGGGCGCUGUCAGGAUUGGGUUUUUGAUGCUUUGCUGUCCUUGGAGGUUGACGAGCUGGUUUCGUCUGAGACUUCGGAGUUCUGGAAAGGGAUGAUUGGGAAGCCUGCAAUGGAGGUUGCGGCUGCUUGUGGGACGCGGUGGACUGCGUUCUGA